UUUUGGGGAGAGCUUGAGUUCUCAGUCGGUCAGUAGUACAGUAGCAGGCUCACAUGUACGGAUUGUUCUUGUGAGGUCAGAGCAUCUGUUUAUACUGCUGUCUGCUUAGAGGGGUGGUGAGGUGGUGAGCAGUGGAUAUAUGCCUGUCAAAGUCAAUAGCAAAUCUGGCAGAGUCUUCCCUCAGCUUUGUACAUCAGCACUGUUUUAAUAGAUAAGAGAGGCUACUGUAUAAGCGUGUAAGAUUUGUAAUGGACUGAGGAAUGCUUGUUCUAGCUGCUGAAACUGACUGUAACUGUAUUGUCUUAGGAGCAUCAUCAUGGGCUCUAGUGCCACAGAAAUUGAAGAAUUGGAAAACACCACUUUUAAGUAUCUUACAGGAGAACAGACUGAAAAAAUGUGGCAGCGCCUGAAAGGAAUACUAAGAUGCUUAGUGAAGCAGCUGGAACGAGGUGACGUUAACGUCGUUGACUUAAAGAAGAAUAUUGAAUAUGCGGCAUCUGUGCUGGAAGCAGUUUAUAUCGAUGAGACAAGAAGACUUCUGGACACUGAAGAUGAGCUCAGUGACAUUCAGACUGACUCAGUCCCAUCUGAAGUCCGGGACUGGUUGGCUUCUACCUUUACACGGAAAAUGGGGAUGACAAAAAAGAAACCUGAGGAAAAACCAAAAUUUCGGAGCAUUGUGCAUGCUGUUCAAGCUGGAAUUUUUGUGGAAAGGAUGUACCGAAAAACAUAUCAUAUGGUUGGUUUGGCAUAUCCAGCAGCUGUCAUCGUAACAUUAAAGGAUGUUGAUAAAUGGUCUUUUGAUGUAUUUGCCCUAAAUGAAGCAAGUGGAGAGCAUAGUCUGAAGUUUAUGAUUUAUGAACUGUUUACCAGAUAUGAUCUUAUCAACCGUUUCAAGAUUCCUGUUUCUUGCCUAAUCACCUUUGCAGAAGCUUUAGAAGUUGGUUACAGCAAGUACAAAAAUCCAUAUCACAAUUUGAUUCAUGCAGCUGAUGUCACUCAAACUGUGCAUUACAUAAUGCUUCACACAGGUAUCAUGCACUGGCUCACUGAACUGGAAAUUUUAGCAAUGGUCUUUGCUGCUGCCAUUCAUGAUUAUGAGCAUACAGGGACAACAAACAACUUUCACAUUCAGACAAGGUCAGAUGUUGCCAUUUUGUAUAAUGAUCGCUCUGUCCUUGAGAAUCACCAUGUGAGUGCAGCUUAUCGACUUAUGCAAGAAGAAGAAAUGAAUAUCUUGGUAAAUUUAUCCAAAGAUGACUGGAGGGACCUUCGGAACCUAGUGAUUGAAAUGGUUUUAUCUACAGACAUGUCAGGUCACUUCCAGCAAAUCAAAAAUAUAAGAAGCAAUUUGCAGCAGCCUGAAGGGAUUGACAGAGCCAAAACCAUGUCCCUGAUUCUCCAUGCAGCAGACAUCAGCCACCCAGCCAAAUCCUGGAAGCUGCACUAUCGGUGGACCAUGGCCCUAAUGGAGGAGUUUUUCCUGCAGGGAGAUAAAGAAGCUGAAUUAGGGCUUCCCUUUUCCCCACUUUGUGAUCGGAAGUCAACCAUGGUGGCCCAGUCACAAAUAGGUUUCAUCGAUUUCAUAGUAGAGCCAACAUUUUCUCUUCUGACAGACUCAACAGAGAAAAUUGUUAUUCCUCUUAUAGAGGAAGCCUCAAAAGCCGAAACUUCUUCCUAUGUGGCAAGCGGCUCAACCACCAUUGUGGGGUUACACAUUGCUGAUGCACUAAGACGACCAAAUGCAAAAGGUUCCAUGAGCGAUGGGUCCUAUUCCCCAGACUACUCCCUUGCAGCAGUGGACCUGAACAGCUUCAAGAACAACCUGGUGGACAUCAUUCAGCAGAACAAAGAGAGGUGGAAAGAGUUAGCUGCACAAGGUGAACCUGAUCUUCAUAAGAACUCAGAAGACCUAGUAAAUGCUGAAGAAAAACAUGAGACACAUUCAUAGGCCUGAAACACCUUAAAGAUUUCUGUCAUUUUGAACAUGAGAGGACAAUGAAAACAGCAUGAAAACAUCCUAAAUUCCCAACUUUCCACAAAGCUGUAGCUCCUCUUUCAACAUAGAAUUGGAUUGGGCCAUUUUAAUUGACUCCUAUACAAGGAAUUAAGAAGAACAUAAAUUUUGAGCUAGCAACUCUGGUCAAAUAAAUACACUCAAGUUUUUAUCAGAGUUUUUGGCCAGUGCUUCUGCCAUUUUUUUUCCCUCCACAAUUUGGCCUUCUUCAAUCAAGCCAGAGAAAUUUUUGAGACAAAAGUCGGACAGUUUUUUAAUUUUUCUUGCUUUUACCCUGUCAUAGUGACUGUGCAAUGCAUGUGCAGAAGAUGAGAUAUUUUAAAAUUUACUUCCUUGCACUGUCUUACACAGAGUGCUAUAACUAUAAAUUUUUCAAGGUCUUAAAUAAAAGGAAGCAAAAACAA